AGUUGGGCGGCGGUUGGGGCUCGGCGUUCUGCGCACGGCUGCAGGACGGUGAGGGAGUCAGCGGAACCGCCGGCACCGGCGAUGUCGACCGCAGAGGAGGGCGCCGUGACGGUCUGCGUGCGUGUGCGCCCGCUCAUCGCCAGAGAAACGGCCCUAGGAGAUAAACUGUCGCUUCACUGGAAGAGUGAAAGUAAUACCGUUUCCGAAGUGAAUGGCACAAAAAUAUUUAGCUACGACCAUGUUUUCCACUCAAGUGACAGCACUGACCACCUGUACGAAGAUGUUGCCAAUUCAAUUAUACAGUCAGCUGUCCAGGGAUACAAUGGCACAAUUUUUGCAUAUGGACAGACAGCUUCAGGGAAAUCAUUCACUAUGAUGGGAAAUAAAGACUCUGUAGGCGUCAUCCCGAAGGCAAUUCAACACAUUUUCCAAGUUAUUUGUGAGAUUCCAGAGAGAGAAUUCUUGCUGAGAGUCUCUUACAUGGAAAUAUACAAUGAAACAAUUACGGACUUACUUUGUGACAUCAGGAAAAAGAAGCCUCUGGGAAUUCGUGAAGAUGUUAAUAGGAAUGUAUUUGUAGAAGACCUUAUAGAAGAGGUGGUGGUGUCCCCUGAAGAAACGAUGGAGUGGAUCAGAAAAGGAGAACGAAAUCGCCAUUAUGGAGAAACCAAAAUGAAUGAACACAGCAGCCGCUCCCACACCAUCUUCCGAAUGAUAAUUGAAAGCAGAGAAAGAAGCGACCCUGCAAAUGCAAGCUGUGAUGGAGCAGUCAUGGUUUCCCACUUGAACUUGGUGGAUCUGGCAGGCAGUGAAAGAGCUAGUCAAACAGGAUCUGAAGGUGUGCGACUGAAGGAAGGCUGCAAUAUAAACCGCAGCUUGUUCACUCUGGCUCAAGUUAUCAAGAAGCUUUGUGAUGACCCUUCAGGCUUCAUAAACUACAGAGACAGCAAGCUGACUCGAAUUCUGCAGAACUCCCUUGGAGGAAAUGCUAAGACAGUUAUUAUUUGUACCAUUACCCCAGUUUCUUUUGAUGAAACGCUCAGCACUCUUCAGUUUGCCAGUACAGCCAAAAGAAUGAAGAACACUCCAAAAGUCAAUGAAGUACUUAAUGAUGAUGCUCUCCUGAAGAGAUAUCGUAAAGAAAUCAUGGAUUUGAAAAAGCAGCUGGAGGAAGUAUCUUCAAAGACUCAGAUUCAUGCAACAGAAAAAGACCAACUGGCCCAGCUAUUGGAAGAAAAAAAUGCUCUCCAGAAAGUACAAGAAGACAGGAUAAGAAAUUUAACGCAGAUGCUGGUGACUUCUGCCUCCUUUUCCUCCAAAGCAAAUGCUCAAGCCAAGAAAAGAAGAAGAAGAGUUACUUGGGCUCCUGGUAAAAUAAACCAGGCAAGUGUGAGCUACUUUGAAGAAAACGAAAAGUCAAGGCAGCCUGAAACCAAGAAAAUGAAAAUGUGGCUGUCAGCACUACCAGACAUGGAGGAUUCUGCUUUUGAAAAGUCUGAGUAUGACAACCAGUCUGCAGUGAUGCCUGAUCAAACUUCAGAAGAAGAAUGGACUGCUGGUCCUACCAUGAACUGGUCUCAAAAAGACUUUGAGGAGUCUGUGCAACUCUGCGAAGUGUUAGCACUAGAAAAGGAUAUUGCUGUAAAUCAGAUCAGUGUCCUGCAAGCAGACUUGAAUAACCUAGUAUUGGAAAAUCAGCAGCUGAAAUUAGAGAUAGAUGAAAUGAAGGCGAAACUGAAGGAAAAAGUAGAAAUUGAUGAAUUUGAAGCACUGGAAAACCAAACACGAAAAGAUCAUGAGGUACAACUAAUGCACGAAAUUUCCAAGUUAAAGAAUCUUGUUUCUAGUGCUGAAGUGUACAAUGAAGAACUCGAGGCAGAACUAAACUCUAAAUCAGAACAACUGAAAGAGAAAGAAAACAAAAUAAAGGCACUGCAGAAUCAUGUAGAAGAACUGAAGAAAGCAGAAGCAGAAAAAAAUGACACCUGUUUUUCACUGGGAGAUUCUGAUAAGCUACUUGAGGAAAUUCAGCAUCUGAAUAAAUCUCUCUUAGACAGCGAAACUGUAGCCUUGGAUGCCAAAAAAGAAGCUGCUUUUCUCAGAAGUGAAAAUCUGGAGCUGAAGGAGAAAAUGAAUGAUCUCUCCAGUACCUACAGUCAAAUGCAAAAGGAUGUUCAAACCUAUCAAACCCAAAUAGAAGCAGGAAAAGCCAGUUACAGAAAAAUGCAGUCUGACUUGCAGAAAGAGUUGCAGGCUAUACUUCAAGAAAACACAAAACUAACUUCGCUGAUGGAGGGCAAAGUUCCAAAAGAUCUGCUCUCUGUUGUCGAGCUGGAGAAGAAGGAAGCUGACUUAAAAGGAGAACUAGAAAAAGCACUGAAAGAGAAUGCGUUUCUACAAAACAAAGUAGAUGAGCUAUCACAAUUCCAGUCUCUUCCAAAUACUGUUGAGAUACAGCAGAAAGAGAUUGUUGAAAAAUGUGAGGAGCUACGCUUAGUAAAGCUGGAGAGAGAAAAGCUGCUUUCUGAAGUAGCUGAUAAUGAAAUUAGGCUUCAACAGAUGAGUGAAGAAAUUGGAAAAUCAAAAGAUGAUAUAACAGAUGCACAACUUAAGUAUGUAAAGUGUGAUCAGGAGUAUGUAGCACUUAAGCAGCUCCAUGAAGAGCUAGAGCAAAAAUAUGUAUCUCUGUCAGAAAACAAUGAACAAAUGAAGCUCCAAAUAGAUGUUCUAGCUAAAGAAGCACAGACGUCUAAAACAGCUUUGGAUGAAGUGGAAUUAGAGCUCUCUAGCAAAAUGAAAGAACUGGAAAGAAAAACAGAGGAGUACAACCAACUUCUUGAGAUAAGAGAAGACUAUAUUCAGGCUCAGGAGAAGUUAAAGGAAUUGGAGCCAUUAAAAGAACAAGAAGAUGCUAUGAAGAGGAGAUUAGAGGCCAAGGAUUCGGAGAUCCAGGGAGUUCUUCAGCAGCUUACUGAGUGCCAGGAAAAAAUGAAAACUCUAACCCAGGAAAGAGAUGACCUGAAGCAAAAAGAGGAAUCCCUCCAAGCUGAGGCAGACCAACUCAAAGAGGAUAUAAAGGACACUGUUUCAAUGAACAUUUCGGCACAUGAAGAACUGAGAGAUGCACAGAGUUCUCUCAAGCAAGCUCAGGACCAAGUCAAAAAGCUGGAAAAAAUUAUUGCUGAAAAAGAAUCUCAGGUUGUGAGUGUUGAAGAGACCCUUGGGAAAACCAUUAAAGAUCUAGAAAUACAGCUGUCACAGAAGAAGGAAGAAAUAAAAAAGAUCCUGUCAGAGAGAGACCAGCUUGCUGAGGAAAAAUCAGAGAGCUGUGGAGAAGACAGUGAGCUUCAGGUACAAAAGGAACAGAUCCUUCUCCUAACACAAGAGAAUAGAUCAUUGCAGGAUAAGCUGGACAGUCUCCAAAAGGAGAGAGACCAACUAAGACAAACUAUAGAGGAGACAAUUAGCAUGAAUUCAGAGAUGCAGGAAGAGUUGAGAUGUGCUCGUAACUCUCUCAGACAACAUCAGGAGACUGUUGUGGAGCUGAAAGGAAGUAUUGCAGAGAAAGAAAAUCAACUCCUGGAAGCAGAGUCGUUGAAGGAAAGAACUGGAGAACUGCAGGAGAAGGUCAGGCACACUUUUGUCACAUAAACUAGAAAUGCUGUCAGGGUUAUGUUUGAAAUACCAAAAUAUGGCAAGCUGCUGGCAGGAAAAGAACAAAAAAAUGAAAAUAUCUCUAAGCAGCUUGAGAAACUUAACCGUGAGAAAUGUGAGCUACAGCGUGUAGAGGCUUGUAAAGCAGUAAGAGAUCAUUUGGAGGCUGACUGUUAGGAGACAAUAUGUAAGAAAAUCUCUUUAUUGUUUUAAAAGCAGCUUUCCUUAAAAAUGCUGACAGAAAUGGAAGAUCUACAGAGAGAACUAACUCAUCAGAGAGAGCAAGCUGAUACCCUGAAGAAUAUGCUAGCAAGUAGAGAAGAGAGUUUGCAGAGCAUUGAAGAUGAACUAAAUCAAGAAAUAAACCAACUGAAAGAAAAGGUAGUCAAGCUGAAUGAGGACUUGCACUUGGUAAAAGAAGAAAAGCACCAGCUGCUGGAAGAACUGCAAGAAAAGACUGGGAGUGAAAGCAGUCAACUUGCACAGCUGGAGAAACAGUGUGACUUACUAGCACAGGAGAAAGAGAAGCUCCAGGAAAUACUGGAAGGCAUUCAGGCAGAGAAGAACAAACUGGAGAUAAAACUACACGAGAGUGUUGAUAAGGUUCUUGAAACUGAGAAAGAAUUGAAGCAGCACCAACAACUCCUCAGUGAGGAGAAGAUCAAAGCUGAGCAAAGGGAAGAACAUUGGUCAAGGGUUCAGAGGCGAUUCGAUAUUUUGGAGGAUGGCCUAAUGAACAAGAUUCAACAGUUAUCAUCUCAGUUAAGUAGCUCAUGUGAAAAAGACCAGUUGUUGGCUGAAAGAACUCGACAGUCCUUCCAACUUGAAGCACAAAUCUCAUCAGUUAAUCAAGAAAAAAAUGAGCUACAAAAACUUCUCCAGGACGUAAGCUCUGAGCGGGACCAGCUCAAGAUGGAGUUGCAAAAAAGACCUGAGAUGUGUGUUGAAGCAAAUCCAAAACUGGAAGGCACUCUUGACCAGCAGAAGCAGAGAAACCUGAAUGAUGUGUCUGUGCAGGUGAACUUGCUGGAUAAGACAGAGCAGGUGACUGACAGCCUUGAAAAAGCCUUGAAGAUUCAGGAGCUUCUUGACAAAUUCUUGGACAUGGGGAAAAGGUACGAAUGUCUCUCUACAGUAUCUCUUAAACUGGAGAGUGAACUGCAGCAUCAGAAAGAACUGAUAGCUGUGGUACUGCCUCAGCUUUCAUCAGAAGAGAGUAACCGAAUCCAGAGACUUCAAGUGAUAAAUGAGGAAAUAAGCAGUUGCCUCCAAAGUUUAUUGCACAAACUGAAGUAUAUGUUCAGUCGUGCUUGCUCAAAGAAAAAAGACUAUUACACUACUGUUAACAAACAUGAAAUGGAGUUGCUUGAGGAGAAGAGAAAACAAGAUAAGCUACGAGCUCAGAUUCAGUAUCUCAGGAAGACUGGGAUGAAGCAGGCUGAAAUAUCCUCUCAAGAGUUAAACAGCAGUGAAGUGCUGCAGAGUUGGCACUUGGAUGCAGAGAGCAUUCUCAAAGACCUAUCAGAAAUGGAAAGUGAACUUCGUAGCAUAGAGGCACAGCUCUGUCAGCAAGAAAGUUCUAGGAAGGAAACGCUACAGUUCUGGGAAGGUUUUUCAAGAACAGAGUGCAGUGCAGAGAAACUGGAAGAAGAGUUAAAGAAAGAUAACAAAACACUUGUGCAAGUCAUGGACUUCUGGGCUCCUAAAACAAAGCUGCUCUAUCAGACUUUUUUGGAGCUGGAUGCUAGAAAUGCCAAUUACUGUAAAACUGCUGAUGUAGAAUCAAAACGAGAAAAAGAGAGAACUGAGGAGUUGCUUCAGGAACUAAAGACUCUUGAAGACCAGCUGGGCCCUGGUGGCUCUACCAGUCUUCUUGCCUUAGAAGAAGAGAACUGCAGGCUUCACAACCAACUAAAGGCUGCAAAACAAGAUAAAAAGGCUAUGGAAGUCAAAGUUCAAAAGUUGGAAAAUGCAAUGAAUGAAGUAACAAAAGAUGUUCAAGAGAAAGAAGACAGGAUAAACAAGUUAGAAGCAGAGAUGAGAACAACAGUGGCAGCGAGUGAGCUCACCCAACUGCAAGCCAAACUAGAUGAGACAGAGAAGCACCUUGAAACUAUCUUAACAGUGAAUCAGAGUCUUCAGGCAAAAAUAGAUCAAGGUGCUGAGCCGUACAAAGAAGAAAUUGAUUCUCUCAAAACACAAUUGGUAAAAUGUGACAUGGAAAGAAUGAAAAACUCCAAAAUUCUUGAUAACAAACUUGCUAAAUAUAAAGCUCUUGCAGAACACCAGGAGGAGCAGUUAAGAAAGCUACAAGAACAACUUAGAAGAGCACAGCAAGAGCAGGAUAGUACUGUGUUGCUGGAAAAAGAAGUUCCUCAGCAAUCCCAAAUACCACUUACCUGUGGUGGUGGCAGUGGUAUUGUGCAGAGCACACACAUGCUUGUUCUAAAAUCUGAGCAAGCUAAGCUACAAAAAGAGAAUUUGGACCUGAAAAAACAAAAUGAUGAUCUACUAAGCAAUGAGCUUGAACUGAAAGGGGAGCUUGUAAAAUGGAAAGAAAGAGCUCUGAGAUGGAGAGACCGGUCCUUAAGAGAACACACUCGAGUGACAGUACCAAGGUCUCCAAAGAAGGCUGUGCCCUCUCCCCUUAAAGAAAAAGUGCUUACACCUUCUGAGGAUCCUGCUUCUCAAGAAACAGUGGCUCAGGGCCUGCCGAAGCCCUUGUCACAGGAUUAUACCAAGUUCUUUGAUAAUUCCAGCUUGGGUAUUCCAGCAGAUACACAAUUUCCAGGACCAGAGGCCCUAGGAGAACAUCUUCAGCGCUGUUUUGGAACAUCAGAGAACGAUGAAGCCCCUGGUUGUACCACUCAGUAAAGCUGCUUUGUUGUAAGCUACCUUUGCAGUAGCUACAGAGAGAAUCUGCUUGUACAGAAAUGGAUUACAAAGUAAUCUACUGUGAACUUUCUCCGUCUCAAACUUUUCUGGUAUCCCUAAACUGAAGUUUGAUUUCCACAGGGCACACCACUAAGGGUUCCUUUUCCAUCCCUCACACUGUCUGUGGCCCAUGCUGUUCUAGUACCAAGCCUAACUGUAUUUUUGCAUGCCAUUCCAACACAGAUCUGGUUUCUAUCUGAAUUUUAUUGUACUUUAUUAAUAAGCAGUGGCCCUGACACUCAUCUGCCACUCAGUGGAAGACAAACUGGAUUAUCAGGGCUGAAAGACUGUCCUCUGUCCUCUGCUUUUGGGAUGCAUUUUUUGUAUGUUUUCUAUGAAGGGUGUUUGUUUUUUCACAAUAAACUUGUUCACAACUCA